AUGCCCAACAUGUCUGCUCUUAAUCCCUUGACCAAAGAAAAAGAAUUCGGAGGAGUUCCUGGUGCGUUUGCCAUCACAACUGGUCUUCCAACCUUGAUUGUGGCGCUAUAUUUUUUGUGUAACGAUAGUUAUGUGAUCGAUGGUUCCUCCAUCGAUCUUGAGGCUCUCAAAUCACAAUUUUUCAAAAUAGACUGGGUUAAAGAUGCCUUUUUUAACAACUCUGUAUGGAAUUUUUACCUCAGUUGGUUUUUCGGAUUGCUUGCGCUUGAUCUUGUCACUCCGGGCCAAUAUAUGGAAGGUAUUACCUUGAGAGAUGGUACUAAAUUGGGGUAUAAGAUCAAUGGAUUGAACUUUAUAUCGAUCUUGUCAGUGUCCAUGAUCAUAAGAUUAUACUUGAACAAAGGAUAUUCGCCGGAAUUGGAAUUCAUCUAUGAGAACUUUUUGGAAUUGGCAGUGGUGUCGAUCAUUUUUUCUGCUUUGUUAGCGACAUUUGUCUUCAUUUGUUCUUACAUCCCAUUACGUAGCCUCAAUGGCCUUAAAACCAAAGAAAGGAUCCUUUCGAUCAAUGGGAACUCAGAAAGUGGGUUCUAUAAUUGGUUUAUUGGUCGUGAAUUGAAUCCAAGAAUUGGACCUGUUGAUAUCAAGCUCUUCUGUGAGUUGAAGCCAGGACUCUUGCUUUGGUUGGCCAUCAACUUUUCUUGUAUCCAUCAUCAAUACUGGAAUAGCGGAACUGUUUGCGAUGCAUUACUUCUUGUAAAUUUCUUGCAAUUGUUUUACAUUUUCGAUGGGGUGCUUAAUGAAGCCGGGGUGUUGUCGAUGAUGGAUAUUACCACUGAUGGGUUUGGAUUCAUGUUAGCAUUUGGAGAUUUAUCCUUGGUGCCAUUCACAUACUGCUUACAAUCCCGUUACUUGUCAUUGAAGCCAAUUCAUCUAGGAGCUGCUACCGACGUUGCAAUAUUAGCCUUGAUGUUUUUUGGGUACUAUGUUUUCCAUCAAUCCAAUCAACAAAAAUCAGACUGGAAAUUAGGGAAAUUGGAUGGUAAGAAUUACAAAUUUAUCAAGACCAAAACUGGAACUAAAUUAUUAUGUGAUGGAUGGUGGGGAUUGUCUCAGCAUACCAACUAUUUCGGUGACUGGUUGAUCAGUUGGUCCUGGUGUUUUAGUACUGGAUUCAACACUCCAUUGACCUACUAUUAUGUUGCCUAUUUUGGCGGACUACUAUUACAUCGUCAGCAAAGAGAUGAAGCAAAGUGCUCGGUGAAAUACGGUGAAAAAUGGGAUGAAUAUAAACGAAGAGUCCCAUACAAGAUUAUUCCAUAUGUUUACUAG